UGAAGCUGCGUACGUACUGUAUAUUACAGCGCGAGCUAAGCGUGUGAGUCUACGUAUGAUACAGCGCGAGGUAAUAAAUAUGUAGCGUAUACGUCGCGACGGAUGGCUCGGGAGCGGCGCGCCCUCCUCCUCUCGCUCCGUCCCGUCGGGUUCCUCCGUCUCGUCGUCAGUCUGGGGUUCGUUCCGUUCCGUUCCGUUCUCACCGAAAAAUCAAUCACAUCACGAUCACGAUCACGAUCACGCCGCGCGCGCCGUCGCGGCUCGGCGGAAGAACCCCCCGCUCGUCCCCCCCGGCGAGUUCGGCGCGAUCGGCAGCUCCAUCGACCCCCCGCGUUCGCGCUUAGAGCGCGGCGACCCCGGCGGCGACUUGGACCCGUCCGCCUCCGUCCGGUCGUCGUGAAACUUCGUCAGGCUCCGAUCAAAACUCGUCGUCCCCGAGCUCUUCGGCCCGCCCGUGGUGAGCAGCACCUCGCACAGCUCCAUGUACGUAAACGACUUGGCCUCGGACGUGAGCUGCAGCAGCCACUUGAAGUCGACGUACCCGACGUGCUUGGCGCCGACGCCGCACACUUUCGCGAACAAAACCUCCCCCCGCGCGUGGGUCAAGUCCGGACCCAACAGCUCGCAGUCCUCCAAAACCUUCCCCCACGUCGUGGAGGACAUCGCGCCCGGUCUGCCGCCGCCGAACGUGCAAAACGCGUCGAACACCAUCUCGACGCCGGGCACGCUCCUCGGCACGCUCCGCCCCGCUUUCCACCCAAACUUUUCAUUCUUUUUCCGCUCCUCCUUCUCCACGCCAAACUUUGA